GAGAUAGGGCCCUGUGGAAACAUGAAGAGGGUAAGCAGCUGUGUGAAGAGUGAUGAACAUGUCCUGGAAGAGCUGGAAACAGAAGGGGAGAGGCAGCUGAAAAGCCUCCUUCAGCAUCAGCUUGAUACUUCUGUCUCCAUUGAGGAAUGUAUGUCUAAGAAAGAAAGCUUUGCUCCUGGUACUAUGUACAAACCCUUUGGGAAGGAAGCAGCUGGGACCAUGACUUUGUCCCAGUUCCAGACACUGCAUGAAAAGGACCAGGAAACUGCUUCUCUCAGGGAACUGGGACUUAAUGAAACAGAAAUCUUGAUCUGGAAGAGCCAUAUUUCAGGUGAAAAGAAAACAGGACUGAGGGCAACUCCUGAAGCAAUACAGAACCGUCUUCAAGAUAUUAAAGAAAGGAUCUCAGAGCGUCAGCGCAUCCUUUGCCUGCCCCAGAGAUUUGCAAAGAGCAAACAGCUCACUCGACGAGAAAUGGAAAUAGAAAAGUCUUUAUUUCAGGGAGCUGAUCGUCACUCUUUCCUUAAGGCUCUUUAUUACCAAGCAUACCACAAAAAGACAAAUGCAGACAAGUACAUGACCUCAAUGAAGAGGAAGAUAAAAUUAGGCACAAAAGGUUGUAUUGGUAGGAGUUGUAGAACUUCCCUAUCUCUUUGUCUUGAUCUAGAUGAACCCCCAAAGAAGAACAAAGGUGAUCCCAUGAACAACCUGGAAAGUUUUUACCAAGAGAUGAUAACGAAAAAACGUCUUGAAGAGUUCCAACUUAUGAGAGGUGAACCCUUUGCUUCCCACUCACUGGUCUCAGCUACAUCAGUGAGUGAUAGUGGCACAGCUGAGAACCCGUCAUUACUCCAAGACAAGGGAGAACAGGCAGCACAGGGUAAAGGUCCUAGUCUCCAUGUGCCAAAAGUUAUUGAUAUUUCACGUGAGCAGUGUCUGACUGGGCCUAAGAAGCUGACGCAGCCAAUAGAAUUUGUCCCAGAAGAUGAGAUCCAGAGAAAUCGUUUGUCAGAGGAAGAGAUCCGAAAAAUUCCUAUGUUUUCUUCAUAUAAUCCAGGGGAGCCAAACAAGGUGUUAUACUUGAAGAACCUUAGCCCUCGGGUGACUGAAAGAGAUCUUGUCUCAUUGUUCGCUCGGUUCCAGGAGAAGAAAGGACCUCCAAUUCAAUUCCAAAUGAUGACUGGACGAAUGAGGGGGCAGGCUUUCAUUACGUUUCCUAAUACAGAGAUGGCAUGUCAAGCAUUGCAUCUAGUAAAUGGAUAUAAACUACAUGGAAAAAUAUUGGUGAUAGAGUUUGGAAAGAGUAAAAAGCACCGGUCAGAUCUCCAAGAUGCUUCUUUCAUACAGUGUGCUACAGAUAGCGCUACGGAAAUCAGUGGUAGCUAGAAUAUAUAUAGAUUGUGGGUCCUAGAUUGUCUUUUUUACAUCAGAAUCUUGAAUCUAGGAUUUAUGUACAGAUAGCAAUUUAUUUGAAGUCAAAGGGGAGAAACUAUUGAAAAAGAAAAAAGUAAUUGGUACAGUCCUUUUCAGCUUUUUGAGAGAAUUGAUAGAAGAUAAUUUCUGUAAUCAAAGACCAUAUAGGUCAGAUAAUAUAUCAAGAAUAAAGGGUAGCAUACAAAAGUAUUGUUUUCUCAGGAUAAAUCAUAAAAAAUUAUUUCUGUGGAUUUUUCAAAAUCUUUGUAAUUUUUCUGGGGUCUUCAAUGUUUGUCCCUAGGAAUAACAUUCUUUCCAAGACUGUCUCCUAUAUACAGAACAUAAAACCUAAAUUAAUGUUGAAA